UGUCUGUUCACACGCAGACCAUCAUCAGGCAAUCAACCUCAAGAAGUGGCUGAAAGUCCUUUUGGAAACUGCACAGAGAAAAUUUUUCUGCCUCCACCGUAUGUAACUUCGGUUGGCUCUCACAACAUCACCCUCAGCUGGACUCACCUGAACUGCACCGAGGUUGUUUAUGUUCCUCAGUGGACUGGACAUGAUGGAGUUUGGACACACAAAAAGAAUGUAACAGAACCUACAUACACAGUGGAGAAUCUGCAGCCGUACACACUGUAUAAGUUCAGGGUUUGGGGUGUGGUUUCUGAGACGUACGUUGUUUCUGCAGAAAGCCAGUUUUACAGAACUGAGCCUUUUGGAGUUCCCUCUAGUCCUUUGAUUGAGAGCGUAGACAGUGACUCCGGAUUGAGUGUGGACGUCAGCUGGUCGGCUCCAGAGAACCCCAGAGGCUCCAUUGUGGGAUACAACCUCAACCUCACCUCCUGCACACACAUCCUCACCCUUACCAUGGCAGGAAAUGUCUUCUUCGCUACAUUCUACCCGACUCUGCAUAACACCACGUACAGAAUUUCAAUAGCUGCUGUCAACCGCGAAGGUCAAGGGGUGGCUGUUGAAGCCAAUGUGACCACACCACCUCAGCAGGAGCAAGAUGGUGUCCGCUGGGUUUUUGCAUCCAGGAUGAAUUCGCUCAGGAAACAGCAGGAUAAGGCGGACAUGUUCACCGCAGCUGAGUGUCUCUCUGAUACACUCAUAAAGGAAAACAUUACAGGAGUGGCUGAAUAUCACAUGACCAACCAUGUCUACUUCUCGGAGGGGACUCGUAUUUGGGAAAAGAGUGCAGGGAAUCUAACGGAUCAUUCCGACCUAAGACUCGUUCUCUCAGGCCAUGCAAAAAUCACAGCUCUGACUGUGGACUGGCUCUACAGAAAACUCUACUAUGUCUCUGAUCACAAGGUCCGCUGUUGUAAACUGGAGGACUGCUCCCAUGGCAUGGACUUUAACCUCAAUUUAGAGAGUGUCCCUCGAAGAAUCAUUGCCGAUCCAUACAAUGGAUGGCUGUUCCUUCUUCUGCAUGACGGAAUACAUCGCAUUCCUCUUCCCGAAUUUUUGGACCACGCAUCAAACCUCACGCUUGUACUAAAAACAGACUCUGUGCAUGACUUUGUGGUCAGUUUUUCCAAUAGGAGACUGAUUUUCUAUGACAAAAACAAUCGCACACUGUCCGCUGUAUCUAUGGACGGCUUGCUGCCCAUUCCGCUGUACUCCCACAUCAAGCAAGAUGUUCAGAGUGUAGCAUAUGAAAACGAUCUACUCGUGUUGACAGACGGACACGCCGUGUACAAACAGAGCGGAAAUGGCCAGGUGGGCCUUUUUACAGAGUUCUCUAUGGACUGUGAUAUCUUCCAGUCAAACUAUGGAGGAUUUGGAAACGUUCGCUUUCUCGGCCCGUCUUCUCAGCCGUGUCCGGUUCCUAGGCAGCCAAGGGACCUUCAGGUUUUGUUUGGAUCUGAUAAAGCCACUCUACGUUGGAACAAACCAAAAAUUCAGAACGGAUCCAGUUCUUCGGCUUGGCAAAACUGGACGUACUCAGUGAAGUGUUUCCUGAAUGGAUUAGUAAUUAGUGAAGUGAGUCAGAUCGCCGCCACAUACACAACAGUGCGAGAUCUCCAGAGCGUUCAACAAUACGUGGUGAGUGUGUGGGCUGUUUCUCCUGGAGGAAGUUCACACACAGUGAUGUUUCAGGGCACAACUCUCCAACCAGAUGAAGAUCCACCAUACAUUGCUGGUGCCACUGCUGACAAAGGAAUCUGGAGACAACAACUAGAUAGUUUUGACUUCCUCGCAAUGCUGACCUCUAGUGUCACAAACGUGAAAGACAUGGACUGGUAUAACAACACGAUCUUCUGGACGAACAGUUCAGGCCACAUUGGCUGGAUAGAUGCAGGUGAUCACUCUACUGCUUCUGGGCUGUUUUUAGCGCCUCAGAGUGGAAAUCUGGACGCUCAUGCCAUAGCAUUUGACUGGCUGGGACGAUGUUUGUACUGGAGCUGCAACACGAAUAUGAUAUGCCGAGGACGUUUAUCCGGGUCGGAGGUGGAGAUCGUUCUUGACGCAAACCGAAAGAUCAGAAGCAUACUUAUAGAUUCAGUGAACGCUGCGAUUUACUGGAGCACCGAUACCACUCUAGAAGUUUGCAGGUUCGAUGGUGAGAGACGCCGCUUGAUCGAAAAGCUGGACAUCUUUUCAGGGAGGAAAAUUGCAGGUAUCACUGCAAACUGGAGAGAACGCAGGCUGUACUGGCUCAUCCAGGAUGGAUCCUUCUUACAUCUAUACAGCAUGCACACCAGCAGCGAGAUGGUGCACCAUGUUCUCAAAUGGAGCUCAUCUAUAGUAUCGAAUCAGCAGGUAGCCUUCUACAGCGGACGGCUUGUAUGGCUGGACGAAGCCGGCAAACUCAGAAUUCAGGAACUGAACCAAACGUCAAGUGUUGUUAUGUCACCGAAUAACACACUGACAACUUUUGCUGUCCUGCAGAAAUUUAAAACCUCUUCCAGAUGGUUUUGUCUCCGCCCCAGUCGUAAUUCCUCCUGCUGUCCCCAAAUCAUCUAUUCGGCUCAAAUCCAACGAAACCGUGGUAACGAUCAUCUGGGAUCCGAGCAGCACUGAAUUCGGGACUGUGUUCUACUGUUUAGAGAUAAAUGUCCCUAAUAUUCCAAAAGAAAUGAUUCGUUCAGGGAGCAUUUACUGUCCAUCAUCGUCCAACAGCGUCUCCGAACCUUCAAAGCAAAUAAGCAGACUCAAGCAGAACAGCAGAAUUAAUAUCACAAUAACUCCAUAUACAUAUUGGGGCAGAGGCGAGUCAACG